AAUAAAAGGAGUUGUCCCGCGGGUGAGAAAGUGUCAUGGCGGCGUCGUCGUCAUGGACGCUGCUGAUGCUGGUGACGCUCUGUGCAACGACGCUGCCAUUUUGGCCCCUGGUCGACUCUGCUGCCACGUGUCGUGGAUGCAAGCCGCCGUGUCUGUGCGCAGGGAACCCUGGCCCACGAGGAGUGCCUGGCUGGCCCGGUCUGCCCGGCCCUCAGGGCGUACCCGGCGACAUGGGGGUCGAGGGGUUGCAGGGCAUGAGAGGACCCAGGGGUGACUUCGGCUCCUCUGGACUCGAGGGCGAGAAGGGCUACAGGGGAGAAACUGGAGUGCCUGGGUUCAAGGGAACGUCUGGCAUACCUGGUCAACCAGGGCUUGAGGGCCCCGUGGGUCCAUCAGGGAUCCCUGGCUGCAAUGGCACGGAUGGACAAAGAGGCAGGCCCGGGCCACCGGGGACAGAGGGGCCCAGAGGCAGACCAGGGGGACCUGGCCCACUCGGGCCAGUAGGUGACCCCGGAGACGGAGGAGUCAACACUGUGGGCUUCAAAGGGGACAGAGGCGACUCUGGGAUUCAAGGCAGACCUGGUGUUAUUGGUUAUCCUGGAUUGCCUGGAUUCAAAGGAUUCGAGGGAGACCCAGGUCCAAGAGGACCCCUGGGACCAGUUGGCCCACCUGGCCUAAGAGGAGACCCGGGAGAAGGCAAAAGUGGGGACACAGGCCCUAGGGGCGACCCAGGUGACCCAGGGGAAAGAGGACCCCCUGGCCCAGUGCUGCCUUCAAAGAUUCCUUCAACAAUCACAGUCAGGAAAGGAAACAAGGGUAUCAAGGGGUUGCCUGGGGACCUUGGGUCAGUUGGCCCACUUGGCCCAACUGGGAAUUCUGGCAAGCCUUGUCAUGGCGGCGUCGUCGUCAUGGACGCUGCUGAUGCUGGUGACGCUCUGUGCAACGACGCUGCCAUUUUGGCCCCUGGUCGACUCUGCUGCCGUGAGUGCCACAAUAAUAUAACCGCAAGCAGCGACAAAAAAGCAUUUAAAACGUGUCGUGGAUGCAAGCCGCCGUGUCUGUGCGCAGGGAACCCUGGCCCACGAGGAGUGCCUGGCUGGCCCGGUCUGCCCGGCCCUCAGGGCGUACCCGGCGACAUGGGGGUCGAGGGGUUGCAGGGCAUGAGAGGACCCAGGGGUGACUUCGGCUCCUCUGGACUCGAGGGCGAGAAGGGCUACAGGGGAGAAACUGGAGUGCCUGGGUUCAAGGGAACGUCUGGCAUACCUGGUCAACCAGGGCUUGAGGGCCCCGUGGGUCCAUCAGGGAUCCCUGGCUGCAAUGGCACGGAUGGACAAAGAGGCAGGCCCGGGCCACCGGGGACAGAGGGGCCCAGAGGCAGACCAGGGGGACCUGGCCCACUCGGGCCAGUAGGUGACCCCGGAGACGGAGGAGUCAACACUGUGGGCUUCAAAGGGGACAGAGGCGACUCUGGGAUUCAAGGCAGACCUGGUGUUAUUGGUUAUCCUGGAUUGCCUGGAUUCAAAGGAUUCGAGGGGGACCCAGGUCCAAGAGGACCCCUGGGACCAGUUGGCCCACCUGGCCUAAGAGGAGACCCCGGAGAAGGCAAAAGUGGGGACACAGGCCCCAGGGGCGACCCAGGUGACCCAGGGGAAAGAGGACCCCCUGGCCCAGUGCUGCCUUCAAAGAUUCCUUCAACAAUCACAGUCAGGAAAGGAAACAAGGGUAUCAAGGGGUUGCCUGGGGACCUUGGGUCAGUUGGCCCACUUGGCCCAACUGGGAAUUCUGGCAAGCCUGGUCCAGCAGGGGCUCGUGGGUUGCAGGGCGAGAAGGGGAUCCCAGGCAGUGAUGGCCCCAGAGGCAAACUGGGCAAAGACGGGCCACCUGGCCCCAUGGGUGAAAAGGGCCAGAAGGGAGCCCCGGGAUUCGCAGGUCGAGAUGGCAGAACGGGCAUCAAGGGGGAACCUGGGGAGCCCGGCUGGCCCGGACGUCCUGGCCCUCAGGGCACCAUGGGCCAGCCCGGAGAAUACGACCCAACCUUGACCGAACUCAUUCCGGGCUCUCAGGGUCCACAGGGUCCUGAUGGCUUCGAGGGACUCAGAGGGGCACCAGGGUUGGAUGGGUUCCCUGGAGGCAUGGGUCCUCCUGGCUCACCGGGCUUCCCUGGCCCAGUUGGCCCGCCGGGCAGCCCGGGAUUCCCUGGCUCAUCUGAAAAGGGAGAAAGUGGAGACAGAGGAUACCCAGGGCCAUCAGGUCCUCUUGGCCCACCUGGCCUGUCUGGACUCAUAGGAUAUGUUGGACCCAAGGGCAUGAGGGGAUUGACAAUUUUCGGGCCAAAGGGUUUGGAUGGACGCCCAGGCAGGGAUGGAAAUGACGGCUUUCCUGGUCCCAGAGGAUUCCCAGGAGACGUUGGUGAGGUUGGAGAAGCAGGACCGAGUCAGCAGUCGAUCCAAGGGCCACCGGGACAGAGUGGCCUGAGAGGCAGCCCUGGCCCAGUGGGCGACAGAGGCCAGGAUGGGACAGAUGGGUUCCCUGGGCCCAAGGGGGCCACGGGGAACGACUGCGACUUUUGCCCUGAUGGUGAAGUGGGACAAAAAGGCAGCCCGGGAGAAUCGGGUUUGCCAGGAUACCCGGGCCCGCCAGGGUUCUCCGGCUACCCGGGCCAAGCGGGUCGUCCAGGCCUCCCUGGGAGACCCGGGUUGCCGGGUUUCGACGGGAUCCCGGGGAUCCCAGGUGCAGCUGGGUUAGCUGGCCCAGAGGGGGAACCCGGAGACCGUGGGGACGUCGUCUUCCUCAAUGACGAUGGGUCUUCGCUGGUUGGGCCACCCGGGUUUUCCGGAGACCCCGGCGACCCCGGGUUGCUCAUGGGUCUGCCUGGCACCCGUGGGCCAGAGGGUAAACCCGGGAGGGAUGGGAUCCCGGGGUCCCCGGGUUUCAAGGGCGAUGCUGGGGAAGCUGGACUUCCUGGGCCACCAGGUUUGGUUGGGAUGGCCGGCACACCGGGUUUCAGGGGCCAGGAUGCCCCCUCGGACCCGUUCACCCUGCAGCAAUACAAGGGUCAACCCGGUGACGACGGGUUGCGUGGGUUGCGAGGUUUGCCGGGUUCAGCAGGCGAGAAGGGCGAACCCGGGGACAAGCUGGACUUUGUUAUUCACAGCGGCGACUAUGGAGACCCCGGAAAUCCGGGUCCCAUGGGGUAUCUUGGCCAGAAAGGCGCACCUGGGGAUGCAGGGGAAGUCGGGUACCCCGGGAUGAAAGGAGAGACUGGGAUCUCUGGGAUCUCUUUCCCAGGACCCAAGGGUCUCAAGGGUUACAGAGGGAUCCCUGGAAAUCCUGGGUUCAAUGGACCAAAGGGACCUAAGGGUGUUGAUGGGCCAGAUGGAUCCCUGGGGAUUGAUGGUCCAAAGGGAGAUUACGGGGAUCCUGGAUAUGCGUACUUGCCGGGACCCAUGGGCAUUUCUGGGUUAGAUGGAGACAAGGGACAUGUGGGGCUACCUGGGCCACCUGGCUGGCCCGGCAUUGCAGGCAUUGCUGGCCCAACGGGAUCCAAGGGAUCCAAGGGUGCCCCUGGGCUUGCUGGUGAAUCCGGCAUCAAGGGAUUGAAAGGAGACGAGGGCCCAGUUCGUCCGGGUCCACCUGGCCCACCUGGCCCGCCUGGCCCCACGGGUUAUCCCGGGAUAUUCGGAGACUACGGAUUCGUGGGAUUACCGGGUGUGUUUGGCAGGAAGGGCAUGAAGGGGUUGUUGGGAGACUUUGGACCGCCGGGUUCCCGAGGCAUGGAUGGACACCCGGGUUCCAUGGGCAUCCCAGGCAUGUUUGGCAGACAGGGUUACAUCGGCAAGAAGGGCGACCGCGGAGACUUUGGUUUGGCAGGACUGCCAGGUACGGAGGGGAAGGGUUGCCAGGUCCUAGAGGUCACCCUGGGUUGCUGGGGAUCAAGGGCAGCAUGGGGCAACCUGGUUUACCAGGCACACCAGGAAUCCCUGGGGGUCCCGGCUUUGAGGCAAGGCAUGCCAGGAGAUGAGGGGCCGAAAGGAAUGCUUGGAGAUGCAGGAGAAGACGCAGUUUACGCUUAUCGUGGAGACAGAGGAGACGUCGGACCCAAGGGAAGCAUGGGAGACACCGGGUUCGAGGGGUUCCCUGGCCAAAAGGGAAGCUUGGGACAACCAGGGGAAGUCAUCUUUGGACUUGUAGGAUUGCCAGGUGCCCCCGGAGACAUUGGACCCCCUGGCAACCCAGGGUUCAACGGAUUCAAGGGAAUGUCUGGUGACCCUGGUCUUUAUGGUUUGGCUGGCCCACCUGGAGAAAUCGGUAGAGAUGGGGAACCAGGACCACCUGGG